AUGAGGGCCUUGCUCACCAGCCUCCUGAUCGCCGCGCAGCAGCGCGCCGCGGCGUUCGAGUCGACAACCAUGGUUGAGACGCCGGCACCCCCGCCAAAUGUGCUGCUCCUCUUUGCCGACGACCUCGGCAUCAAUCAGGCGAACAUCCCUGGCCAGCCCUUGUCGUACACGGGCGUCUCCGGCGCAAUCAAGACUCCCAACCUCGCCAAGAUGGCGUCAGAAGGCACCACUUUCAUGCAAUGGUACAGCGCCUUCCACGUCUGUACGCCGUCGCGAGCCUCGCUGAUGACAGCGCGGCUGCCAGUUCGGCUUGGGCUUGGAGACGGUGUGCUGGCACCCGAUGCCACGGGCGGCCUUCAGCUCAACGAGACCACGAUGGCCGAGACUCUGCGACGCCUCGGGUACGCGACGGCAAUGUUUGGCAAGUGGCAUCUCGGCCAACGCGAACAGUACUUGCCGCACAAUCGCGGGUUCGACAUUUAUUUCGGCAUCCCGUUCUCCUGCGACAUGGGAUGCGGAGCGUGGCAUGGGCCGCAUCCGACCCGGUGCUUCCCGUCGCCUCUCCCGCUGCUUAGCUGCGCGACGGGCAGCGUUGCCAAGGUCGAGGAGCAGCCCACGAACCUGGCCACCCUCACGCAACGGUAUGCCGACUUUGGCGCAGCGUUCAUCGCCAACCACUCGGCAGCAGACCGGCCGUGGUUCCUCUUUGCUUCCUUCAACCAUGUGCACGUGACCGACGCAAACUAUUCGAAGGCGAACCCGCCCCCGGGCUACUCGGACUGGCAGUUUUCGAGCGUCGAGUUCUGCGGCAGCAGCGGGCGCGGUGGCACGGGUGACGCGGUGCAGGAGCUUGACGACGCAGUGGGCCAGCUGUUGGCGUCUGUCAAGCGUGCAGGGGCAGAGAGAAAGACCAUCACCUUCUUCACGUCGGACAACGGCAACCCUGAGUACGGCGACAUGCUCGGCAACCUGCCUCUGCGUGGAUACAAGGCGUCCAACUGGGAGGGCGGCGUGCGCGAGCCAGCCAUCGUUCGCUGGCCUGGGCGCAUCGCUGCGGGGGUGACCUCGUGGGCACUGGCGACGACGUACGACAUCUACCCGACCGUGAUGCGCCUCGCGGGCGGCUCGAUGCCGCCUGGCCGUGUGUACGACGGCAAAGACCUGAGCGCGGUGCUGCUGUCUGGCGCGUCCACGCCGCACGCCUGCCUAUUCCAUUGGCAUGACUCCGAGCUGGGGCAGGGCGGGCGAGGGCUCUCGGCGGUCCGUUGCGGGGACUACAAGGCGCACUUCUACACGCAGAACGAUUACGCCACGGAGGCGAACCGGAGCAAGUCGUGGCCCGCAGGGAAGCAGGACCCGCCGCUGCUCUUCCUGCUGACGCAGACCGAGCAGUCGGAGACUGUGCAGGUCGACCCAGCGUCUGAGGAGUACGCCUCGCACAUGAAGGUCAUCGGCCGCGCGAGGGACGCGCAUCUCGCAAGCAUUGCGCCUGUCUGCUCUCAAAACAAGGCCAGUGAAUGUGGCGGCACAAAUUGGUCAUACGCCGUUUGCGCCGACCACGACUCCAAGAGCAAGUUUCCCCAAUGGCCGCUGUGUACGAUUACCCCAGCGGGAUGGACGGCCAAGACGUGUGUUUGA